AUGUCUACUUCCACUAAAAAAGGUUCUGCACCAAAACUCCGAAACCUUUAUACGCAUCGUACCGCAACCUCAGAACGACCAUGUUUUGUCUGUAGUAAAUUCACAUCUGCAGUUCUUACCACUGGUGAUGGCCUAGAUUGGUUUUAUAUUUGUACCAGUCAUUUGAAUGACUCUAGUUUCGCUUCACCAGUGGUACCUGUUUCCGAACCUGUUAAAACAACUAUUAAACAUGAUGAUUCAACAAUAAUACCCAAAAAGGAGGGUGAAAAGGAAAUGAAAAAGAAAGAAGAAAAGGAUGAAAAUAAGGAUGAAAAUAAGGAUGAAUUAACAACAAAGGAGAAAAAAGAGAAGCAAGGUGACGAUAAGGAAAAGAAAGAUGAAUUAAAAAAGGAAAUCAAAUCUCCACUGAUUUCAAAUCAUGUUCCACCAUUACCCCCAGAACCAAAACAAUAUAUUUUGCAUCGAGAUAUUUUUUAUUUACGUGAAUCAUGCUUGAUAAAAAAGCGACAAGAAAAGGAAUCACAGAAUCUAUUAAAACAGCUUCCAAAUGUUCCAAAGACACCUUUAUAA